AUGGUUUACAAGAAAAGGUAUGAAUAUUCUCCAUUAGAAGAAAUAUUUUUUCCCAAGAGAAUUGCCAAUACACAAUAUUAUAACGAUGAGGAGUUGUUGUUUUCAAACAAAAAGAAUGAGAGGAAAGAUAUUGGCAACAGAUCAAUUAAGACUAAAGGAAAAAGAGGAAAGAAUGUACAGGAGAAUAUUAAUAAUAUAAAAGAUGACUUGCUGAGAACCAAUAUUUCAUUGGAGCUAUGUGUUCGAAAAAAAAAUUAUUACCUGAACACCAGAAACUCGAAUCAUGUACAAAAUUAUUUCUUCUUCUAUGAUUAUCGCAAAUGUUUUCACAAUAUGGAUGGGAAGUUAUUCAUUGAUAGGAACCCAGUCCAGAUAAAGAGCGACCGGACGAAGCGAGAUGAGAGACUAAACCAAGUCAUUCCAAUUCAGAACUACAACACGUUUAUGCAUGCCUACAAUAUAUAG